AUGGUGGGCUGUUCGCUGAAUAAUGAAGUAUAUGAGGAAGAAGACAACACCCCACAUUUCAAUUUCGCUAUCGGUAUUACCAUAGCUGUAUCAACUUCGUUUGUUCAAUCACUUGGUCUUACGAUACAACGUAAAUCUCAUAUAAUAAAUGAAAACGUUUAUCCAAAAGAACUUAGACGAUCUGCAUGCCGACAACCUUUAUGGCAUCUAGGUUUUGAUACUUAUAUAAUUUCAAAUAUAAUUGGAAGUGUGUUUUCAAUUGGUUACCUUCCAAUCAUUAUUUUGGCUCCCUUGGGGGCUGUAACUUUGAUUUUCAAUGCAUUCUUUGCCAAAAUACUUUUGGGUGAUGUGUUUACAAAGCAGACAAUAAUAGGGACCAUUUUCAUCUUAAUCGGAGCGAUAAUGAUUGGGUUUUUCGGUGUGGUCAAUGAACCGAGUCAUUCAUUAGAAGAUUUGAUCGAACUUUAUAAACGUCCAGCAUUUAUAAUUUAUUUUUCUAUCAUUGAAUUUGUGGUAUUUUGUUUUCUAAUCGCGAAUAAAUUUGGAGAAGGCGUAUUGAAUCAAAUGCUCCUAGGUGAACGUAAUCUUACAUUUGGUUGGUCAUUGAAAAAAUUUCAAACGAUUCUCGGAAUCUCAUAUGGAUGCGUUGGUGGUAUGAUAUCAAGUCAGAGUUUAUUAUUUGCAAAGAGUGGUUUGGAAUUAUUACUUUUGUCUAUUCUUAAUUGCGAUAACCAGUUUAAUCAGCCGUUAAGUUGGUUUAUCGUUGUAGCAUUGGCUUUCACGGCUUUGUUACAGCUUUAUUACCUUAAUAAAGGACUAAAAUUAUGUGAUACCGUUAUUUUAGUUCCACUUUCAUUUUGCACUUAUAAUGUUUCAUCAAUAUUUAAUGGUCUCGUAUAUUACAAUCAAUGGAAUCAACUAUAUUGGUGGCAAAUAUUUUUCGUAACAUUAGGCAUAUGUUUAUUAUUAUGUGGUGUACUUAUAUUAUCAUGGCGAAAAAGUAUUGCACCAGAAGAGGAAUUUAUAGUAGAAGAUAGAAUGCUAUUAGGACAUAAUAUUGAAGGAUUCACUGAACUUUAUGAUGAUGAUUUUAAUAAAAAUACCGAGAAUAUAAACGAUUCUGAUAAUGGUUUUUUGGGAG